AACUUGGUCCUUUUUUCUUGUUUUCAAAAUCUCUCCCUCUUCCUUUUUGGUCUUCCAGAGGCCCUUUGAGUUCUCUUCCCUGUCUCCUGAAUCUCCAUUUCUGUACGAGUUCAACCAAAUGGCAUUCGCUUCGUUUCUUGGCAGAGUUUUCUUUGCCUCUGUUUUCAUUCUCUCUGCCUACCAAGAGUUCAACGAGUAUGGGAUUGAUGGGGGACCUGCAGCAAAGGCUCUCAGACCUAAAUUUGAUGUCUUUAUAAAUCGUGUGCAGCCUCAUGUUGGCAUACAGGUGCCAGAACUUGAAAUUAAGCAUUUAGUUCUUACUGCUAUAGUUCUCAAGGGCAUUGGAGGUGUUCUCUUCAUAUUUGGCAGCUCUCUUGGAGCCUAUCUCCUGCUUUUGCAUCAGAUCAUUGCCACUCCUAUUUUAUACAAUUUCUACGACUAUGAGAGUGAAGACAAAGAAUCUACUCAACUUUUCAUCAAAUUUACACAGAAUAUGGCUUUUUUUGGGGCAUUGCUAUUCUUCAUAGGCAUGAAGAACUCAACUCCUAGGAGACAGCAUAAGAAGAAAGCUGACAAGAAAAAAGUUGUUUAGAAAGAAAUAAACUCUGUUUUAAGGAUUUACCUUGUUUGUUUAUGAAACUGUGUAUUAACGGAUAGGAAUUCUGCGUAUUGUUUUAGGGCCUUACGUUUUCAUUUUACUCUGAACUUCAUUAAGUUUAUUUUUCCAUUUUCGUACUA